AUGGGAUUCAAAGAAUUCCUCAACCAACGCUCCGGCCUGCGCGUUGACAAUCGCAAGACUACCUCGGCCGCGACUUUAACUCUGCGACAGAGCCUGUGGCCGUUGAGCCUAGUGACAAUCUUAUUCUUCCUAUGGGGCUUCGCAUAUGGACUCCUAGAUACGCUCAACAAGCAUUUCCAGAACACGUUACACAUAGACCGAACUCGGUCCGCUGGUCUGCAGGCUGCGUAUUUUGGCGCAUACCCUCUCGCCUCUCUUGGCUAUGCGAAUUGGAUAUUGCGGCAUUUCGGGUAUAAGGCUGUUUUUAUCUUCGGGUUGACUCUUUAUGGUAUUGGCGCAUUGUGUAUGUGGCCUGCUGGUCUAAAUCAGUCCUUUGGUGGGUUCUGUGGUGCUACGUUUGUCAUUGGGUCGGGACUUGGCUCGCUUGAGACAGCGGCGAAUCCUUAUUUGACUGUUUGUGGUCCACCCCGUUAUUCGGAGAUCCGGAUCAAUUUUGCGCAGGCUUUUAAUGCAAUUGGAACCGUUGUCGGGCCUGUGUUGGGCUCUUAUGCUUUCUUCACUGAGACCGCUGAUGAUGUUGCGGCGCUUCAGCGUGUGCAGUGGGUUUAUCUAGCUAUUGGCAUUUUCGUCUUUUGUCUUGCGGUUGUUUUUUUCUUUUCUGAUAUUCCAGAGGUCACGGAUGAGGAUAUGGCGUUCCAGAUAUCUACCACCCAUGUCGAUGAACAGGAUAAGCCGUUUUGGAAACAGUAUAAGCUUUUCCAUGCUACGUUGGCUCAGUUUACAUAUACUGGAGCCCAAGUCGCCAUUGCGGGCUACUUCAUCAACUACGCCGUCGACACAUGGCCUGGCACUGACAGCGCCAAAGGUGCAAAGCUCCUAGCUGGCGCACAAGGCGCUUUUGCAGUUGGGCGGUUCCUGGGCUCUGGAAUAAUGAAGUAUACAAAAGCUCGCUACGUCUUCAUCGUAUAUCUAUCAUGCUGUGUGGCUUUUCUAGCUGCGGCAGUGACUCAGAGGAAUCAGAUUGGUAUAGCGAUGCUUUUCAUGACUCUGUUCUUCGAAUCCGUGUGCUUCCCCACCAUCGUCGCACUGGGCAUUCGCGGUCUUGGUCGCCAUUAUAAGCGUGGCUCGGGGUUUAUCGUUGGUGGUGUAUGUGGUGGUGCCGUUGUGCCACCUAUUCUGGGCCAUGUUGCUGAUAUGCGGGAUGAUACGGGCUUUGCGAUGAUCGUUCCUACUAUGUUUAUGGUUAUUGCUUGGACUUAUGCUGUUGCUGUGAACUUUGUUCCUUCAUACACGAGGACAGUGGAUAAGGUGGGCGAGAGCACGGUUGGACUUCAGAAUGAGAGUGGCAAGGACGAGGAGGCGGUUGUUGGGACGAAAACGGAGAAAGAGGAGGCUUCGGCUCAUUAUGAUUGA